AUAAUACAUCUUUACAUGACGCAGGGGGGCAAAGAAAAUUCAGGGGACAAUAUGGCGCUUAAAGGACUGACAGGCUGUAUCAGAAUUUUACUGCAUAACGUGAAAACAAAAGGAGUAAUAUGCGCUAACAUAACCAAACGGUCUGAUUGCUGGACGUGCAGAGUAGGAGCAAAAAGGCAUAUUCUGUCAGAAAAUGUCAUUAAACUACAAGAGUUCCAAGAAAAAAAACUUGCAGUUGCUCAUCAAAUCUAUGGAGGAAAAGAAGAAUAUUUUCAAAAGCUUAACCAAAAACUUCAAAAAAAAGAGCUCAUCCUAAAAGAUGAAUUAAAAUUACUGCUGCACCUGUGUGAAACCCCGGAUGAUGUGGACACUGCUAGGAGCGCCAUUUACAGGUACCAUGAAGAGAAUUUCAAUGUGGCAUUUGGAGAGUUUAAGUUCGGUCCCCUCUUUAUGAGGCUCUGCUAUGAACUGGGAAUGGAAGAGAUUGCCGCAAACACUAUCAAAGACAAGACCCUGAGAGGCUUCUUCUCAGACUCUACUUCCUUCAACCUUGCCAUGGACAUGCUGUUUAUGAAAGGAUAUUACGACAGUGCACUGGAAGUGCUGAUAACCAUGAGGGACCUGGGAGUGCCAUUUAAUACAGAAACCGUGACUGUGGCUUUUGCCAUCUGCUACAAACUGAACACACCGCGGUCAUAUAAGAUCUGCACCGCCCUAUUGGAGGAGGCUCAGAUUAAAGGCCAGCGUGUUCACAGACAGGCAUACUGUUUUUUGGUGGCGCUGGCUCUCAAACAGAAUGAUCUCGCGAGAGCCGAAUCUGUUUACACGCAGAUAAUGAACCCUGAGAAUCAGAUAUGCCAGAAUCUUAAAGUGCUCAUACUGGCCCAGUCUGGAGCAAUGAACGAUGUUCUCUCCAUCCUGGCAUCAGCACUGAUGCCCAACAGCUCCCCAUUUGUGAAGAAGCCUGAAUUUUCUCAUGAAGUGGUGGACGCGCUGCGGGCUCAGGCCGCAGAGAAGGCCCCGCUGCGUGAGCGGGUGGAGCGGGCGCUGGCCAGGCUGCAGCAGAACGGCCAGGUGACGGCCCUGGGCCUGGACGCCAUGCUGUGCCACACGCCCAACCGGAGGAGGAGGCCGGCGGGCCUGCUGCAGGAGCGCGGGAGGAGCAGCAGCCGCAGAACCUUCCGGCCUCUGCAGUCAACCCUGCUGUUAGAGUGACUGUCCCCGGCCCCGCCCUCCCGGCCUGCGAUUGGCUGGCCUCUCCCAGCCGGCGGAGCUGCUGUUGGUGUCCUAGCUGUGCCGCAGCAGUCGGGCAGAGACACCUAGACCUUCUGACCGUCACUCGGUCCACACUGCUGACGCUGAUUAGAGGCCCAGGCCCUGCCACUUUUGUGCUCUUCAACAGGAAGUACGUGGACACAAGACAGUAGCAGGCUGCUGAACAGAAAGACAAGGCUGAAGAGGAAAUAGAUUAAUAGACUGAGGAUGACUAGGCUGAGGAUGACUAGGCUAUCUCCAGAGACUGUUCCUCAUCAUUCUCAUUCUGUUUCAAAAGGGUUGAUGUCCUUAAGCAGUGAUAUCGACCUUUCCUUGUCCUCCACUUAAAAUCCAACAACAAUGUUUGAUUGCAGUUAAUUUAAAUAUUUUUAUAUGCAGGAGCCAGUCACAUAUGGGUUUUUGAAUCUCUUCUACUUUACUUAUAACCCCUGACAUUUCACAAUGUUACAAGUGAGAGGCACCCUUGAAAUAAUUGUAUGUCUCAUUCAGGAGUCCAGGGUUUUUACACUUACUGGGAGUGCAAUCAUAGAUUGCUCGAAAUUAAACAUUGCAAUAGAACACCAGUAUGAGAGACUGUCAGUCUGGGAUGCACUUGAAAUGUAGGGAAUUGCAUCCUAGUGGAAAUAAUUCCUUAUAGAAUUGCUGUUUAACAUAGCAUCCAUUUUCACUCACGCCUGUUGUAUGGCUCAGCCCUCUUUCCUAGAACCUGACAUGUAAGCUGCUGUACAAAAGGAGAGAAGAGAUUAAAGCACAUUAAACCCCA